AUUUGUAGUAACAAUAACACCGGCUGCAUUUCGUAUUUGUAAGUAUAUGAAUUACAUACAUAGUUACAGGAUUAUGCCAGAGAGUGACAUCGGACCAAGUAACUCAGAAAAUCAGAUUUUUGAUUAAGCAGACUAUUUACAGUUAUUCAAAAUGUUACAUCAAGGAAUAAUACUACGAGAAGGACAUGUUACGCGUACCAUUUAUAAUUUGAUAAAGGACAAGCGUUACGAUGAUGUAAUCGAGUGCAUGGUGAAUUUUGGCGAAGCAGCCAACACCAGAGCUGGUCUUUCCACAUUGGGCUACUGCUACUAUCACGCGCAGAAAUACGAGGAGGCUGCAACUUGCUAUGAGCAAUUGUGUACGCUGGUGCCGAAGGAAGCGAAAUAUAAGUAAAUUGGGUGGAUUAAAUUCAGUGCAAAA